CUUAUGCAGCUGCUUGUCAACAAGAUGGCCUUCCUCCUCUCGCCGUUUUGACACUGAUUAUUUUGGUAUCCCCGAGAACAUACCGUAAAAAGCUUGUGUCACUUCUAAAUAGAUAGUGGUCGAGCGGCUGUUGAUAGUCCUAACAAGGCCUACGGUCAGCUAGACUGUGUCCAGAGAGCUGACAAGCACGCCAUCCUCGUUGGUUGCCACCACUUAGACAAGGUUGAUAAAUAGAAAGUAGCUGCUGGCUAAUGACGACGUUAGCCUGCGAGUGAGCUAGCUUAGCUACGUGGACACGGAUAGUUAACUCGUGUCACCUGCAUUUGACCAGACAGACUGGUCUGGUUGGAGCGAAAUUCAGCGAGGAGACACUUGUCAUCGACAGCCUGUUGGUUAAGAAGGUUGUCUGCUUCAGUUAAAACCACUGAGGUUGUAUGCCCAGCGCCCAUCAGGUUGGCUCUAGGACAGGGAGCCGACAAUGAAAACUCCGGGUGUUUGCUGGCCAGUGUAGAUGCCGAUAUGCCACGGUGGUCCGCAUCCUGAUGGACCGAGACACCUUCUCCCACAUCCGGCUGUGGUGCCCACGCCCCUUUGGCACCUACUCCCAGAACAAAGCUAGGAAUCCAGGCUCAGGGGGCAGUGGUGGAGGUAGUGGUGGUGUGGCAGGGUCCCCCUCCCUCUGCAAGUCUGAGCCCUCUUCAGGUGCCAGAAAUGAGGAUGUAGGGAUGAUAGUGGGGGUGCACGAGCAGAAUGGAGAAGAGGAGGAUGUGGGUUCAGAGAACACUCCACCUGAACCUGAGCUUGACUCCAGCUCCCUCACACAGAACCAGGCUACUCAACCCCCUUCAGCCCCUCCUACACCACCCUCCUCUGGGUCCCAGAUGGAAGAUGGCCGUGUGUUGUUAGACACCUGGUAUGUCAUUAAGCCUGGUAAUACCAAGGAGAAGAUUGCCUUCUUUGUUGCACACCAGUUCAGUGGAGCGGGACAGCCUAGACCCAGUGCAAUGAAGGUCAAAGGUAACUGGGCAACUGACUGCAGUAAAGCGAAAAGGCGGAGGCGAUGUUCAUCCUAUGACCCUCCGACACGCUCCCAAGCCUCAGAGUCACUUCUCAGCAAUGACCCCUCCCAUACACCUCCCAGCCCUGAUGAACCACAGCUGGGAGGGGUGAAUGAAACGGACCUGCUUUCAGUUGCAGAGAUGGUUGCCUUGGUUGAGCAGAGGACUGCCAUGGCCCUUCAAGGGAUUGUGGGUGUUCAUGGUAACCAACAGCACCACCAGCCCUCUAUUACCACUCAGAGCCCGGGCCUUACCCACCACCAGCACACUCUUCUGCGGGGCACAGUGUCAGACCCCUCUCCUAUGGUUUUUGUGUCAGACAGUUCCAGUGGUCAACCCUCCAAAGAGGUCCAGAAGUCGUCAUCUCCCAUCCAGACAGACCAGCAGCUUGAGGAGCAGCAGCAGGAGUCAUUCAGGGUUGCCCAGGCCAUUGCACACUUUGAGUCCCAGAACCUGGAGAAUCAGCUCCAUCUGGGCCCUGGUUCUGGCAUAGAGUCCUGUAAUCAAGACAGGGGAAGGGAGUGUAGGAGAGGAGGUGAGUCUGGUACGGUAACACCUCCUCCACCCCCCAGCCACAGUCAUGGUGAGGUUAGGAUAGCUUUCAGAGUGUCAAAUCUGGACCCGCGGUCUCAACUGGAGCCAGCUGGCAGGUCCCGCUGUAUGUUUAUGAGCUGUGGUGGUGGGAGUAAUCAGGCAGCAGCCAGGGCCAAAGAGAAAAUUACCUGUGACCUAUACCAGCUCGUCAGUCCCUCAUCAAGAGACCCUAGUAGUCUGCUGCUUGCUGCCACAACUGCUUCCCCGAAACCAGAUGGAGACCUCCAUCACCCAGACAGGCCGGCCUGUGGCAGCCCAGACCCAACCCAGGAGCUCUCUUCUGGGGAGAAGAAGGCUGUAGGUGUAGGAAGGGAGCGAGUGACUGGUUUCCAUGUGGAGGUGGUGGUGACAGGUGCUGUGGAUCAGUGUGUGUUUUAUGGCAAGGACAGUACAGAGAAUGUGCAGGAGGAGACUGUAUGUUUUGCUAUGCCUAGUGGGGGAGGGGGCAGUGGGGGUGUUGGAAGCUCUACUGACCCCUCAUGUGACGAUCCCCCUCCUGGACAGCUCUUUUUCCUUCAGCCCCCUCGGGCUGAGGAGGAGGAUGUAAAAGGAACGGGCCCUGGCAGUGGGUCAGGAAUGUGCUCUUUGGACUGCGCCAACAACAACAGUCCUGGGGCAGGGGUGGCAGUGGGCUCAGGGGAGCGGGCGACCCGACCAGACUCUCCUAGCGUUGGAGAAGACUGUUCAGACCCUUCACUGUGUCGCCUCUACCGUCACGUUUCCCAUGACUUCCUGGAGAUCCGCUUUCAGAUUCAGCGACUCCUUGAACCUCGACAGUACAUGCUACUGCUCCCUGACCACAUCAUGGUCAACAUCUUCAGCUACCUACCAACACGCUCGCUGGCAGCCCUCAAAUGCACCUGCCACUACUUCAAGGUGUUGAUUGAGACGUAUGGGGUGCGAGCUGUGGAUUCACGGUGGAAUCAAGACCCUCUCUAUAGAGAUGACCCCUGCAAGCAAUGUAAGCGACAAUAUGAGCGCGGGGAUGUUUCUUUGUGCCGUUGGCACCCCAAACCUUACCACCAUGACCUGCCUUAUGGACGUUCCUACUGGAUGUGCUGCCGGCGUACAGAUAAGGACACGCCAGGCUGCCGUGUUGGACUCCAUGAUAACAACUGGGUCCAGCAGCCUGCUGAUGGCUCUCAACCCAUCCGCACCAAGCGGGAAGACAGGAGGGAGGAAGCUAGGUAGAGAAGAAAGGGCACACCUCACAUACACCAACUCUCAUCUCAUUCUGUGCACCUCCUUCUUUCCCACUCUCAUCUGAUCAGAGGACAAACAGGAACAGAGAGGAUCAGCACUCCAGGACUGUUUUGUUUUUCUUUGCUGCAGCACUCCUUCCUCAUACCUACCCUCAGUAGGAGGUGUUUCAGUGGUAAAGAAGGAAGAGAGGUGUGUCACUCUCCUUGCCUUGUUUGUUUGUUUUUGUUUUUUGAAGCCCUCCAGAAUCCCUCUCUCCCCACUGUGCUCCAGAGUGGUCACUUUGAAAAGUUUCCAUACCAGGGUUGGGGUCCCUACUGCUGCUGUUAUUCAACCCUUUUUCUGCCUCUUAAUCAUUCGGGUUCUUGUCUAACUCUGCACAUGGUUGUUAGGUAAUACAUGUGAAAACUUUGCAGUGUAUUUGAUUGAGAUUAGCAUCCAUAAAGUGACGCAUAAAAAUGUAAUGCCCUAGAGCCUGCUUAUUAUGAUUAUUAUGAUUAUUAUCAUUAUUAUUAUUAUUAUUAUUAUUAUUAUUAUUAUUAUUAUUCCCAGAACUUGUUCUAUGUUUCUGUGUCGUAUCACAAACUUCCAUGUUUGCUGUACAAUGGUGCUUCAAGGAAUGAGCUGUACCGAGUCCAACAGAUGUAAAACUUUUCAGUGGUGGAAUGUUCAGCAUUAAUAUAGAAAUGUGAUUGUAUAAAGCAAACUUGAUUUUUUUUUUUUUUUUUUUUUCCGUUGUACAAGGUUGCCAUUUGUACCUGUCCUGCACCAUGCAUUUCUAUUUUCUGAAUGUGCUGUAAUGUUGUACAUGUCGAUCAGUCCCCUGAUAAUGCUGCUGAAAUCAUUGCCUGUGUCACUGAUGUUAAUUCUGAAAUAGCCAUACCAUUGGUUAAUGACAGGCACGGUCUCUGCACACUGGCUGAGACUGAGAUUUUAGGGCCGUGUCAUAGUUUCAGAUUGGACCCUAACCUUGCUGACCAGCCAUAAAGAGGAGCCACUGAGAACUUUCUGGUUUACAGAGAAUCAUGGGAGAUGAACCUGAUUAAGUUCAGGGGGAUUGAAUUGGGGGGGGGAGAGAGAAACUUGAUGUCACUUUGGAAAAGCCUGAUGUCACUUUGUAUGGUUUGAUUGACUUGGUUAUUUGCCUUUUUUUUUUUUUUUUUUUUUUUUUUUUUUCCCCCCCUUUGGCUGUUUUUUGGGGUGUGUGUCAGAUUGUUUGCUGUUGUAUUUGCUUUUAUUUUGAGGACUGAGUUCUCCCUGUACCAGUCUGUCACCCUACUCAACCUGCAAAGAUUUUUUUUUUUUUUUAAGUAUUCCAUGUUUGUUUUAACCCCUAGCUCUCUUCCUUUCCUCCACCCCUCUCCGUCCUCCGAUCUGGCAGAGGGCAGUGUUUGCCAAAGCUGUCAUUCAUGCUUUGAAGUGGGUUAAACCAACUACCACACGCCGCAGAAACUCUCUACACCAGCUUCCAGCCUUAAAAGCCCCCCUACCUCUUACCCACCCUGCAGGAGACUGAGGCAUCAGAUACCUCACAGAUGAUCAAGAGUAUUGGGAGUUGCACAGGACCCUGUAAGUGGCUAGAUUUCAGAUGCUCGACAGACUUCAUUCAGCUCUUCUGGAUCCACCCAAAACUCUUAGAGUGGGAGUGUAAGAUGAACAGUGCCUGGUGACUGCUCUGACUCUCCAUUCUUAGGGAGGGGAAAACAAAAAGCCACCUCCUUCUCUCCCACCGCCUUUCUCUCUCUUGCUUUUACACUCCCAGACCCUCCCCCCCCCCCCCCCCCCCCCUCCCCGCCCUCCCCGCAAGCUGACAGACUGGAUAUUAAAGAACUGAUGUGAUGAAUGAUGCUGAAACUCUGCAUGGAGAUGGGAAGGUGGUUGGAUAGUUAUGGGAGACCUGUGGGUUCCAGAUGUGUACAAUGCUCAUGGGAAAUAUCUGCUUAAAUAAAAACAGAAGUGAUGAUUAAAACUGGAAAUCUGAAUCA